UCGUCCCAGGGGUGUGAAUAUAUUUUCUAGGAUAUAUAUAUAUACGUGGUUACUUUCUUUAAAAGAUUGACAGAAAUGAAGUCACUGGUGUCGGGUUGGAGUUGUUCAAUGUGGCGUCUAGUGUUUCUGCUCUGCUUUCUUAGAGGAUUUGGUGUUAAAGGGAUCAGUUGCGAAAUUCAGGUGUAUACAUCAUACGUGCCGUAUGCGGGUACAGAUGCUGAUGUUCACAUUGUUCUCAAUGGAACCAAGGGAACGUCCGAGUCCAUACCCUUGAAUAAUGGUCACAACAACUGUGAAAAAGGGAAGGUAGACAGCUUCAAUGUUGAGACUCGAGACAUCGGGGCGCUGUGUUCAGUGCGCAUCCAUCAUAACAACAAAGGUUUUGCUGCUGGAUGGCAUCUCGAGAAGAUUCGUAUCAUCUGCAACCAUGGCAACACAUACUACACAUUUCUGUGCAACUGUUGGCUUUCAACAACUGAUGGAGAUAAAAAAACAGAGAGGACGAUUUCCGCUACUGAACCGUGCACGAGAAGGAAAUAAACGGAUUCUUGUGCAAACUUCCUGACCAGUGAACGAAAAGGUAUGAAAAUAGUACCUAGUGUUGUAAUCUUUCUUUGCACAAAAAUAAAUUAUGUUUGCUCAUAAAAAGCAUUUAAAAGCUUUAAGACAAAAAUUUAGACUAAAUUAAUUCACAGUAAUUGCAUUGGGUAUCUAAGUACACUUGACUUUGAAUUGUUAUUGAUUAUCAUAUAAAAACUGAGUACAGUAACACUAUAUAUUCUUAUAUUUAUGAUUCAUAAUGAGGAGAACACAUGCUUAUUAGAUAUUUUCUCGUGGAUAAUAAAGACGACUGUAGAUUGCAACGAUAAUGUUAGCUUGGUUUAAUUCGAGAAAGGUUUCUUUUGGUUGAUUUUUUUAUCAAGAUUUUUUAAAUUCUUUUGUUUCAUAAUAUUUUUUCAACUUUAGCAUCACAUUUAGUUUAUUUAAAUUUUCUGUUUAGAUUUUUUUCUUUGUUAGUGUUUUUGUAACUAUAUAUUACCUGUGCACGAAAAAUCUUGUCCUUCGUCUAACAAGAAGAUAAAUAAAUUUCUUCCGAUGUCUACGACUACUCUUGAACAGUAUCAAGACUCGCGAUCCUGAUGAUGUGUCUGCAACCUUCUGUAGAUUAUAACAAAAGCUGUAGGACAAUCCAUUGUGGUGUGCUCUUAGUCACUGGCCAUAGUAACAAAAACAAAUUGUGUCCAUGAUGAUUUGGAAAGUUUGUGUAAAUUACAGUUAAUAGAUUGCUUUUAUCAUCAAAGUCUCUUCCCUCUUAGCUCAAAAGAAAAGCAAAUAAACGAAAGACCACCACAUGGAGGAAACAUUAAAAGGAAUAAGAAUGGAAAUGAUUAUUUUCUAUUUACGUAAUCCAAUUUUUUCUCAAAAAAGGAUUUUAAAUCAACAUUUUAUUCCAUUGUGAACGUUGUUUUAACUUAAAUGCAAAUCGCAAAUAAAAAUAAAAGGACACGUGCAAUCUA